AUCACUCUCAGCAGUGUGUAACAUGAUGAUGUUCUGCUGAUGUGAUUUCCAGAUGUAGGAUUUAUGCACAUUAAAAUCAUUAGCUCAACUUUACUGUCAUAACAAAUUAAAUAAAUUUUAUUGUGUAACAUCUAAGUUUCAUAAAGUCAAUUUGUGGUAUGGUAUUUUAAAAGAUGUUUGUGAGUAAAGAUACAUUACCAUGAGUCCAAAGAGUUGUCAUUUCAAAUUUUUUUCAUAAUAUUUAGAUGUCUCUUCUAGUCACCAUUCACAGCUGCUAUGAAUUAGACUUUCAGAGGUGUUUGCUAGAGGUAGACUUUCAGAAGACUCAAGUGUCACACUGCUUUUCACUUACUGGUGUCAAAAUAGUGUGCACGUAUGGAAUUAUUACUCAAUGGCACCUGGAUAAGAUGAGCAACAUUUUAACCUGUCAGUUAUUUCUCUUUUCUCUUCUGCGACUCCCUUCAUUUCUUUAGUCCUUCUUUAGUUUCAAUAUUUUUUACUUCAAAGUCAAUGUAUCAUCGUAUUUUAAAUCCAUAUCAGGUCACUGACUUCUGGUCAACUGACACUGGUGAACUGCAUCUUGUCAUCUAUUUCUGAUCUUCAUGAAUGAAAAUUAUAUGCCUGCUAAUGCUGAAAUUUACAACUGUGAUCUCGACCUGAGUUUUCAUCCAGCAGCUUGGUGAAAGGUUAUGGCGGAGGGGAACGGCGAAGUGACAAUGGAAGAAAAGUCUGUCAAAGAAGAAGUAAAAACUGAAGUGACUGAAGACUAUCAAAAACUUGUUGCUUAUGGUCUUGAUGAAAAGGUUGCAGCAAAGCUGGAUGAAAUAUACAAAACAGGUAAACUUGCUCACGUUGAUUUGGAUGAACGUGCUUUGGAUGCUCUGAAAGAAUUUCCGGUAGAUGGUGCACUGAACGUUCUGACACAGUUUCUUGAUUCAAAUUUGGAACAUGUUUCAAAUAAGUCAGCAUAUUUGUGUGGUGUAAUGAAAACUUAUCGCCAGAAAAGCCGUGCAGGCCAGGGUUCAGGCUCUGGUACUGUUGCAAAAGCACCAGAUGAGGACAAAAUUAAAUCAAUUUUGGAACGCACUGGAUAUACAUUGGACGUAACUACAGGGCAGCGGAAAUAUGGUGGACCUCCACCUGACUGGGAGGGACCAGCUCCUGGUAAUGGCUGUGAGGUUUUUUGUGGCAAGAUACCAAAAGACAUGUAUGAAGAUGAGCUCAUUCCUCUGUUUGAAAAAUGUGGCACUAUUUGGGAUCUAAGGUUAAUGAUGGAUCCCAUGACAGGCCUUAAUAGGGGAUAUGCUUUUAUUACUUUUACCACUAGGGAGGCAGCACAGCAAGCAGUCAAGGAGCUUGAUAAUCAUGAAAUCAAACCUGGCAAGAGUCUGAAAGUUAACAUUAGUGUUCCAAAUCUGCGACUUUUUGUGGGCAACAUUCCAAAGUCUAAAGGCAAAGAGGAGAUUCUGGACGAGUUUGGUAAAUUAACAGCUGGUCUGACAGAAGUGAUUAUAUACAGCUCACCUGAUGACAAGAAGAAGAAUCGUGGCUUUUGUUUUUUGGAAUAUGAAUCCCACAAAGCAGCAUCCUUAGCUAAGAGACGGCUAGGUACUGGCCGUAUAAAGGUGUGGGGAUGCGAUAUCAUUGUUGAUUGGGCAGAUCCCCAAGAAGAGCCUGAUGAGGCUACAAUGUCAAAGGUAAAGGUGCUGUAUGUAAGGAAUCUCACGCAAGACUGUUCUGAAGAAAAACUGAAAGAAUCAUUUGAAGCUUAUGGAAAAGUGGAAAGAGUGAAGAAAAUCAAAGACUACGCUUUUAUCCAUUUUGAAGACCGGGAAAAUGCAAUAAAGGCCAUGGAGGAACUGAAUGGAAAAGAAAUGGGGGGUUCUGCAAUUGAAGUUUCAUUGGCAAAACCCCCAUCGGAUAAGAAAAAGAAAGAAGAAAUUCUACGGGCCAGAGAACGUCGCAUGAUGCAGAUGAUGCAAGUCCGUGGUGGAUGCUCACCAUCACACCCGUCCAUGUUACCUCCAGGUGUGAUGCCCAUGAGGGGCCCUGGAGGACCGAGAGGGCAAGGGGGGGCAGCAGCUGCAUCCUUGCGUGGUCCUAUGGGCCGUGGGGAUUACGAUUACGAUUACGAGUAUUACGGUUAUUCGGAUUAUCGAGGCGGCUACAGUGAUCCGUAUUACGAUGACUAUUAUCGUUAUGAGGAUUACUAUUUCGAUUACCCGCCGCCGCCACCACCUGCCAGAGGGAGGGGCAGACCGCCUCAGCCGCAGGCUGGUCGUGGGCGUGGAGUCGUGGCGCGUGGCCGGGCAGGUGGGCCCCCGGGACGUGGGGGAACCCGUGGGGCUUCUCGCAACGCGGUAUCCGGGGUGGCAACACGUGGGGGGUCACGGGCAGCCGUACGUGGGGCGGUGCGCGCCAAGGGAAGUUUACCAGGUGAGGACGGUAAGCGCAAAUUUGACGGGGGUCACCAGAACCAGGGGGAGUCGAAGCGGCGCUACCAGAGCAGCUGGGGCAACCAGCCCCUUGCCCAGCAACCACUGGGCAAUGCGUAUGGGGGCAUGGCGGGCAUGAACGGUGGCGGCUAUGGUCCAGCUGCGGAUCAACAGUGGUACCAAGACACCUAUCCGACUUGGAGCUAAGUGCCUGCCGCCCUGAGGGGCGGCUGAGGCGGCAGCGAGCUGAUUUAUUGCAAUCAGGAAGCGAAGAAGAGAAGUGGUGUGGAAUUGAUUUGUUGCUCAGAUACAAUUGCGAAAACCCACUUACAUGCAGAAGAUAAAAGUGGUCUCCCUUUACUGUUUUGGUAAUUUUGCCCCCCUUUAUUUUAAACUAUUUCUACAUUUGUUUAAUAGUGUUUAAGAAUGUUUGGUUAGUACUCCAUAGCCAAAUUCCAUUACCUAACACCUUGCAAUUUGUGUCUUAACUGUGUAAAGUAGAAAACACUACAAAAUUUGGCAUUAUAUGCGUCAUAUUUCUCCAUUGACAUAAGAUUUUGACCCCCGUCAGUGCCCCACCCCCUAGUUCUGGAGACAUUACAUCACCGAGGGGGGCUUCUAAAUCCGCUGCUACAGAACCCCACUCCGUGUGGGCCCUCGUCUUCGUUUUUGACCCGGCUUUUGUCAUUUUGGAACGAGCAAGGCGUGGUUGAUGGACUCUUGGGAUAAACGUUAAAAUUUUGGUUUGUGGUCUAGACUUGGGUUUCUUCUAAAAUUUCAAGGAACCUGUAAUUAAUUUUUAGUUUGUUUUAUUACUUUUAAAUGUCAGUUGAAAAUUAUGUACUACUGUAGAAUGUUAUGACCAAUAAAUUGAACAUCUUUCUCAGAAUGUGUGAGCAAAGUUGGACAGUGUGAAAAAAGAGAAAGCUAUUUUAAAAUGAGUAUUUAUGACAACAUAAUGACGGAUGAUGAGUGGGUUUUUUUGAUUAGAGAGAACGCCUGAAAUCUCUCGAUCUCUGCGCGUAUGACUGCGUUUUGCUGUGCCUGUGUUUUGAAGGUAUGGCACAGUUUUGUAGUUAAUUAAAAAGAUCUAUAGUUGUUACAAACUGUGAUGAACUUUACAGGCUGUUGGCUUGUUUGUUAGGGUGCUGUUGUCAGUGCUAUACCUUCGAGACCUCACUAAGUGAUCGCGUGGAGUUUGUUCAUGUUCGUAUGAAGAGAUUGUGUCUUUACGUGCCUGAGUCGAGGGUAUGUUACUCUCGGUUCAGGACAAUUUUUUUAAUAUAUAUGAAUAUAUAUUGUAUUACUACUGCUACAAAAUGUAAUUAUUUUAGCAGUUACUUGGUAGGAGACACAGAUGUCCCUUCGUUUUCUUUUGUGUGGAGUUUGCUGCUCCUACCAAACUAACAGUACAUCUGUUUUGAAAUUAUGUUGUCUAUUUUUUAUUACAGAUGAUAUGCUUUGCUUGAUUUCAAAUUUUCAGCUAUUUUUUUUAUUUUUGUCACAAUAUUUGACUGCCUGCAAAUUAUUUAGUAAGCUGUAGAUUUAAAAAUUGUAAGAACUGUUGAUAGUUAUUUUUUUGGGCCAGGAAAUAAUCAGAUUUCUGUGAAUUGACCUGAUGUAAUGAAUUCUUACAUGUCACAAUAAAACAGUUGUAUGAAAA